CUCAUUUUAGUUUCCGUGAAGUGCAACUGUGAAUGUGAUUUUUCAGAGAUCCUCUCAGAAUAAAUGAAACUGGUAGUUACAAUUACGAUGGUUUUGUUGGCGCAUAUUAGACUAUUUGUAUAUCUUGUCCUUGUAACUGGAAUUUAUAAUGUCAAGGCCUGGACUUACCAUUACAACAUAGACAUUAAUAUGGACUGGACAACAGCUCGUCAGUGGUGUCAGAAGAAUUACACUGAUAUGGUGGCCAUCCAAAACCAUGCAGAAGUUGAAUACCUCAACCAAGUUCUACCUUUCAAUAAAGUAUACUAUUGGAUUGGCAUUAGGAAGAUUAAUGGUAACUGGAUGUGGGUUGGGACCAAAAAGAACUUGGACCCUGAAGCAGCAAACUGGGCAGAAAAUGAACCAAAUAACAAGGGAUCUGAACAAGACUGUGUAGAGAUCUACAUUAAGAGGAUCAAAGAAACAGCCAAGUGGAAUGAUGAGAGGUGCAGCAAAAAGAAAGCAACUGUCUGUUAUUUAGCCUCCUGCUCAAAGGAAUCCUGCAGUGAGCAUGCUGAGUGUGUGGAGACUAUUGGGAGCUACAAAUGUCAAUGUCUCCCAGGUUUCAUGGGGCCACGCUGUGAGGAAGCUGUCCAGUGUCUGCCCAUUAUUGAUGUCCCUGGUGGUUGGAUGAACUGCACUCACCCUCUUUCCAUUCAUAGCUUCAACUCCAGUUGUGACUUCAAGUGUGAGGAAGGAUUCGAGCUCAAGGGCUCAAAUACAACAUGGUGUGACCAGACUGGGCACUGGACACACAAACCCCCCACUUGCCAAGUGGUGACCUGUAAUGCCAUCUUGGCUCCUGCAAAUGGUCAUCUGACAUGUGCUGAUCCUUUGGGGAAAUUCUCUUUUCGUUCUUCUUGUAAUGUUUCCUGUGAUGAGGGAUACAAAAUUAGAGGAAAAGCUACACUCACUUGUCUAAGUGAUGGCAUUUGGUCAGCACCAACAUCUGCGUGUGAAGUUGUAAAGUGUGGUCCACUGAAGCCCGUGUCACAUGGCUCGCUGCAGUGUUCUGACCCUGUGGAGUUUGCUUAUGGCUCCAGUUGCUGGUUAAAAUGUGAUUUUGGUUUUGUCCACAAUAGUACAAAUUCCACUCACUGUACCAAAGAGGGAAAGUGGAGUCACAUCCCUCCUGUUUGCCAAGCUAUACAGUGUCCGCCACUCUCUGAUGCGCCAAGUUAUGGAAGCAUGAGCUGCACACACCCUCUCUCCACCAACAGCUACAACUCCAGCUGUGAGUUUAAGUGUGAAGAGGGUUUUUUGCUUAAAGGUGCAAAUUCCACACACUGUGAUCAUACUGGGCUCUGGACACACAGCACCCCGAGUUGUACAGGUUUGACAUCAGUUCAUAUAGUUUUGGUUGCCCUACUAGCAUUAAAACUCUAUUUCACUAAUAAAUCUUCAGUUUAUAUCCUUAAAUUUUUUAUAAGAUGUGAUGCUCUGGAGUCUGGUCAGCAUGGCUCUCUGCACUGUCAGGACCACCUGGGAAAAUUCAGCUAUGGUACCUUGUGCUGGCUGGAGUGUGGAGCUGGAUUUGCUUUAAAUGGAAGUAAUUCUACUUCCUGCACCUCACAAGGGAAAUGGAGCCAUGAAUUUCCUGUUUGUCAAGCACGGCAAUGCAGCCCCUUAAUUAAACCCUCCCAUGGCACUGUAACCUGCACUCAUCCUAAUGGGCAGUUCAGCUUCGGUACAGUGUGUAAUGUGAGCUGUCAGGAAGGCUUCAAACUACAUGGGACACCCCAAAUGGAGUGCUUGGAAAUGGGGAAGUGGACAGACACCCCAGCCUUCUGCUCAGCUCAACAGUGCCCCCAUUUGACCGCUCCAGUAAAUGGCUGGGUGAACUGCUCUCAUCCUCACUUCUUGUUUAGCUAUGGUUCACGAUGCUUCCUGGGAUGUGAGACUGGCUUUGAGAUUACAGGAUUGCCAGUCAUGGAAUGCUCUGCUUCUGGGAACUGGAGUCAGGAGAUGCCCUAUUGUGCUGCUGUUCGCUGUGAGCCACUUUCACUCUCUCAUCUUCCGGAGCUGGGAACUCCACCCUCAAUGAACUGCUCUCACCCCCAUGGAAACUUCAGCUUUGGAUCUCAGUGUACGUUCCAGUGUGCCGAGAGCAAGAAGCUCAGUGGAACCAGUCAGCUCAGCUGCACCUCCAGUGGGUACUGGACCAACUCUCCACCAAGUUGUGUUGUAAAGGAGAUGUCAGUGGGUGCCGGCAUGCUGAUGUAUGCAGCUGUGGGAGCUGCUUCUUCGGCUGGUCUACUUCUAUUCGGAGGACUAAUGUUUCUGUUGAUGCGCCAAUUGUUUAAAAAGGGUAAAAAACUGAUUGAUCCUGUUCCACCCUUGGAACAACCGUUUUUAAACUAAUAAAAAUUGUAAUUUAUUGGGAUUUGACUAAAUUAGUUGGUUGGUAUUUAACAACAUACUUUCAACAUACUUUACAUUUAACAACAUACUUUAUUUAGUGCUUGCAAACUGUUUAAAUGUUUAGCUUUAGUACAUUUACAUUUAUUCAUUUAGCUGACACUUUUAUUCAAAGCGACUUACAAUUGCUAUAUAUGUCAGAAGUCGCACGCCUCUGGAGCAACUAGGGGUCAAGUGUCUUGCUCAGGGACACAUUGGUGUCUCACAGUGGAUUCGAACCCGGGUCUCUCGCACCAAAGCACCAAAGGCAUGUGUCUUAUCCACUGCACCAACACCACCCCCUCCACCUUUAGCAUGUACUAUUCUAAAAAAUCGCUACAUGGACCAGUCCCAUCACUUCCAGGAACAAUUUAGCACUAAACGUACUUGUUCAACUGUUGUUCCAAACCUGUAUGACUUUAUUUCUUCUGUGGAACAUACAAGAAGAUACUUCUUAUUGUUCUUUUUGUCCAUACAAUAUAAGUCAAUGUUAACCAAAAUGUUUACCAACAUUUCUCAAAAUACAAAUUCAUACAGAUUUGGAACAACAUGAGGGCAAGUAUGACAGAAUAUUUCAGUUAUCUUAACAAAAUGUAUUCUUCUCCACUGCAGCUAAUUACAGUCUGACUGACUCUUCAUGGGAAGAGAAUUUGAACCCAACAUUUGAAUUCUGUUAAAAUAAAUAUACAUUUAAGUAAAGUAACUGAUAUUUUCCAUCUUGUUUUGUGCUUGCAAUAAAUAAAAAACUGAACUGAA